AUAAGAAAACAAUAAGAUUUCGCGUCAUCUCGCUUAGCAAACGUAUGACUCACUGAGCAUCCAAAGGUGUGGGUGAUCUAUUCAUAAAUAUGACUAAAGAUUGAGGAAAAUGCAGGAGUGUCCAGUUAAAGUAGCAGUCAGGGUUCGCCCUCUGCUAGCCCAAGAGCGUCUUCAUCACCAUGAGUUAUGUGUGAAGGUCAACUCCAAGGCUAAUCAGAUAGUGGUUGGCAAGGACAGAGCUUUCACCUUUGAUCAUGUGAUGUCAUCAAAGACUUCUCAGGAAUCAAUCUAUCAAACCUGUGUCGACAACCUCAUCUCCAGUUUCUUUGAGGGUUACAAUGCAACAGUAUUUGCAUAUGGCCAAACGGGAUCUGGUAAAACAUUCACCAUAGGUGGCGCUGAUGUCAUCAACAUUCCUGAGAAUGAGCAAGGCAUUAUACCAAGGGCAGUAGGUCACAUCUUUGAUAAUAUCAGGAAUAACCACAACCGUGAUUUUACAAUCCAUGUGUCCUACAUCGAGGUUUAUAAAGAAGAUUUGAGAGACCUGCUGGAUAUGGAGACUAGCAGUAAAGAUAUGCAUAUCAGAGAAGAUGACCAAGGAAAUACAGUUAUUCUCGGUGCGUCAGAGGUCCCAUGUAGUUGUUUAGACGAUGUCCUACGUUGCCUGGAGAUAGGCUCCGCCCACAGACACACAGGAGCUACUAACAUGAACGAGCAUUCCAGUCGAUCACAUUCCAUCUUUACUAUCCUCAUGGACCAGAGAUGGAGGGCUAGUGCAAACUCACCCUCCUCCUCUCCUGUCAUCUCCCCUCGUGGCGAGGAUGAACUCUCCGACGAUGAUGACAGCCAGGACUACCAUUUCAUGUCAGCAAAGUUCCAUUUCGUUGACCUUGCUGGAUCAGAGAGGGCCCAUCGUACCGGCAAUGCAGGGGAGAGGUUCAAAGAGUCUGUGUACAUCAACAGUGGUCUGCUGUCAUUGGGUAACGUGAUUAGCGCCCUCAGUGACCCAAAGAGGAAAGCCACGCACAUUCCGUACCGUGAUUCUAAGAUCACACGACUCCUGAAGGACUCGUUGGGCGGGAAUGCCAAGACGUGCAUGAUCACGUGUAUAAGUCCUUCAGCCGUGAAUUUUGACGAGACGCUGAAUUCGCUGAAGUAUGCAAAUAGGGCUCGGAAUAUCAAGAACAAACCAAUCGUGAACAAGGACAAGCAGGCGACCCGAAUAGCUGAAAUGCAGACCGAGAUACAGGCUUUAAGGGACGAACUACAAAGGCAUAGACUGACAACAGCUAACACUGAAUCGGGACUAGAUACAGUACGAGUGCAAGAUCUGGAAGAGCAAAUUGCUAGAUAUCGGAAUGAGCUGUCUCACUUCCGGGUCUGCACCGACGAGGCCUCCAAGAUCUUCUCUGGCUUCCAGAGCAGUGAUCGUCUGACCAAAGCCCAGCAGACCGCGGUCAAUAACUGGAUGGACCUGGCCAAUGAGAUGAAAGAUGCCCUACGGUCGGCCACGCCCCUUGACCCCGCCCAGUUUGGACCGGUAGAAGGGCAGGAGAAGAUCUGGGAGUUAGAAAGCAAACUCAAACAGGCAUUGGCUGAUCUAGCGAGUGAUGAACAGAUAUUUGCUGAUAAGAGAAGAGAAAAUGAAGAUCUUUUAGCCAGACUCCAAGAUAUGGAAUCUGAAAGAGACCGUUGCUCCAACGAACUGGAGAGGGCGCUAGAUAAUGUUCGUCGUCUAGAGGGCGCUCUCAUUGAACAGCAGACUAAAAUCACAGAGCUUCAGUCCCAGUUAGGUCAUGAGAGUGUUGGUGGUGGAGGUUUCGAGCUGCCCCUAGCUACCAGUAGAAGAGCUAUGUCAGUACCUCCUCAUGCAAUGAGGACCAAAUCAGCCUCGGGGAGUAACACAGCGAGGGAUAAAGUUAGACCAGAGUCAAGGAGACUGCAUACCAGUCCACCUUUGUUCUCUCUUGAAAGGAUAGUCCAAGGUUUCCGAGCGAGAAGCCAACUUCUCAUCCGGCAGCUUGAAGACAACGAUGCCGUCCUUCAGGAGAACCUCACAGACAGCAGUGGACCGGAAGACUCGGAUACAGAAAAUAAGGCGUUGGGUCAGACAUGGAGUAAAGAAGAGAGAGGAGGGUCUACUGUAUCCUCAGCCAGACAGAGAAGAAGAACCCAUGUCAUGAAUAACAAAGCUACAAAUAGUACCAUGGUCAAGUCCAGGUCAGACCAGGACAUUCCUUCUGAGGACGUUGACCUGAGGUCAAGCGUCGAGGCGGGUCAAGAGCGUGUGAAGGCAUCCCAGAGGAACAUGCAGGAAUCCCAUCAGAAACUGAGGGAUCUUACAUUGAAUAUCAGAUUGAAAGAAGAACUGAUCCGUGAGUUGGCCAAGACAAGUAAAGAAUCUGAGGCGGCCAACAAGAAAUACUCCAACAAAAUCAAACAGUUGGAAAAGGAUGCACAGAAAGCAAGGCAGGAAUUGGUCGAAGCAAGACGACACCUCCAUGACCUGGGGUCAAAGGGCGAGAUGGAAACAAAGGAGAAGAACAAAUUAGAAGAUGAAUAUCAGAAGAAGAUGGAGAAAGCACAUUCAAAGGUCAAAGAACUUAUGAAAAAACAACAGGAAUCUGAGAGAGUUCUUAAGUUGCAGACACAGAGAGAGAAGAAAAUUGAAGAUCUUGAGAUCAACGUUGGUCGGAUGAAACAACAUCAAGAGCUACUACAAGCUAGGCUAAAAGAAGAGGGUGAAAGAAAGCUGAAACUUGAGAGAGAUCUCCAGAGAGAUCAGCAGAGAAUAAAAGAACUUGAGAUAAAGAACGAACGACAGCAGAAGAUACUCAAAAGGAAAACUGAAGAGGUCGCUGCUGCUCAGAGAAAGUUACGCGUUGGUAGCGGUCACACAGCAGACCAUGAUAAGAUAGAGGAGCAGCGAAAAUGGCUUGACACAGAGGUUGAGAAGGUGCUUCAGAGGAAGAAAAAAAUGAAAGAAUUAGAAGAGGAGCUGAAGAAACGUGAAAUGAAUCUUGCCAAGAAAGAACUGAUGCUAAGAGAGAGAGGUGAAUUAGAGAUGAAGAAACUGAGAUCAAGCCAGUCAAUAUCAAGGGAUAUGACCGAUUUGGCAUCACAGUUGCAGUCCGUGGAGAGAGAGAUUGAGGAGAAGAGCAACACGCUGAGAGUGAGUUUAGAUGCUCAGAAACCAGUGAUAGGCAAAGAGAUACAGGGACUCAAGGCUGAAAGAGAGAGGCUUCUUCAACAGAGGAUCCAGCUUGAUGAAAAACUUCAACAUGGAACACUUCUAUCAGCUACUGAAGAAAGAAGAUUGAUAGAGUUAGAUGAAGGUGUGGAAGCACUAGAGGCAGCCAUUGAUUAUAAGAAUGACAUCAUAUCGACAAAGAAGAAAGAAUUACGGAAGAAUGACCUUACACAAAGUGAAGCGAUGUUAGUGAGUCGUCUGAACAGUCUUGCCCCCAAUGAGACCAAGAGCCUUCUUGCCAAGUACUUUGAAAAGGUUGUUGACCUUAGAGAAGGAGACAGAAGAAAAGAGUUAGAAAUCAGUGAAUUAGAGAUGAAGUUAGAUGAGAGGGAGAGGGUUAUACGAACAUUGGAGGGCUCCCUCAGGAGUGCCGGGAUGGAGAGUGAGCAGAGAUUGAUAGAACAACAGAAGGAUUAUGAGAAGAAGGUCCAGAUGCUGAUGAGAGAAUUACAGGGAGAAGGAGAUGGAGGGUUUGCUGUGGAACACAAGCUGAAGGAAUUGGAAAAGGAUCUGUUUUAUUACAAGAAGACAAGUAGGGAAUUGAAGAAGAAACUGAGAGAAUUUGUACAUGCCAGUACCAGUUCAAGUAAUGGACAUGAAGAUGCCAAAGGUCACCAAAGUGCUCGUGGGAUACCAGCGCAUGGAGGAGACGCUAUACCAAGGGAGGCCACGCCCGUAAGGAAGUCAAGGAGGGAGGUCCGAGAGCUGAGUGAAGCUGAAGUUUCCCUCAGAAAAUCAUCAGCAAGUCAGCGGUCGUCCAUGAUAGCUGAUUCUAUCGAGAGUGGAGCCAGUCAUGGAAACAACCCAUGGAACUAGAGUAAUGUGCCUUUCUAAUUCUCAAGCAAUGUCAGGUGCUUAUCAUCUUUUCUUCAUUAGAUUAAACCGAUUGGAUACCGGAACCGACCAGUCCCCACACAAAGUCUUUGGGAUUCACAAGAUUAAAUAGCGAACAGAUUAAUCCAUUGCCAACUGGGACCUGGUGAUCCGUGUACAAAGCCUAUGUGAAUCACAGAAUUCAGUAAUCAAUAGGUUAACCUACUUCCUAUUGGAACCAGGUGAUAUCUGUACAAAGCCUAUGUGAAUCACAGAAUUCAGUAAUCAAUUGGUUAACCUACUUCUAUUGGAACCAGGUGAUAUCUGUACAAAGCCUAUGUGAAUCACAGAAUUCAGUAAUCAAUAGGUUAACCUACUUCCUAUUGGAACCAGGUGAUAUCUGUACAAAGCCUAUGUGAAUCACAGAAUUCAGUAAUCAAUAGGUUAACCUACUUCCUAUUGGAACCAGGUGAUAUCUGUACAAAGCGUAUGUGAAUCACAGAAUUCAGUAUUCUGGCUCAAAAAAUUAGCAACAGUACCUUGAUGCAGAAAAUUGCCAAAUCAACAAUGGGGGAUUUCAAGUCUGGUGUUGGCCUUGGUGUUGGUGUUGAAAUUUGGAUUGCUUCCCCUAGCUCCAGAACUUAUUCAGAGUUUGUAAAA